AUGUCUAUUUCUGAGAAACAAGCUUCUGUAAGCAAUUCGAAGUUGGUAUCUACAUCAGCUAGAGAUGUUGAUCCAUUGUUAAGAGGUUUGAAUGAUAAAAAACAAAGCUUUAGGCGAAACGUGGAGUCUUUAGCUUCUGAGUUGAAGGAGCUUCGGAAUCGUUUGGCUUCACAGGAACAGUCAUAUGUUAAAGAGACUCAAAUAAGACAGGAAGCAGAGACAAAUGCCAAGAUUAUGGAAUUGGAAAUUAGUAGAAUGCAGAAGAAAUUGGAAGAAAAAAAUGAGCAGCUUCAGGCUUCAAACUUUUCUGCUGAGAAGCACAUAAAGGAGUUGGACGAUCUUAGAACACAACUUGUAGUAACUAGAGCAACAGCAGAUUCAAGUGCCGCAUCAGCUCAAUCAGCGAAGUUCCAAUGUUUAGAACUUCAAAAAGAAUUAGAUGAGAAAAAUAGUUCACUAAGAGAUCAUGAGGAACGCGUAAUUAGACUAGGCGAGCAGCUUGAUAAUUUGCAGAAGGAUCUUCAGGCAAGGGAAUCUUCACAAGAGCAAUUGAAAGCUGAAGUUCUUAGAAUUGAGCGUGAUAUCAUGGAGGCUCUUGCAAAAGCUGGAGAGAACAAGGAUUGCGAACUGCAGAAAAUAUUGGACGAGGUUUCUCCUAAGAAUUUAGAGAAGAUGAAUAAGUUAUUGGUCGUUAAGGAUGAUGAAAUAGUUAAACUUAAGGAUGAAAUUAAGAUAAUGUCUGCUCAUUGGAAGCUUAAGACUAAGGAAUUCGAGUCACAGUUGGAGAAACAGCGGCGUGCUGAUCAGGAUCUGAAGAAGAGAGUGUUGAAGUUGGAAUUCUGUCUGCAGGAAGCUCGUUCGCAGACACGCAAACUCCAAAGGAUGGGAGAGCGACGGGAUAAAUCUAUUAAAGAAUUGAAAGAUCAAUUAGCAGGAAAGCAACAUAGAGUUGUGGAUGCAGGAAAGCAAAACCAGAACUUCUGGGACACCUCUGGGUUCAAAAUUGUGGUUUCCAUGUCCAUGCUAGUCUUGGUGGUAUUUUCAAAGCGGUGA